AUGAGCGCGCAGAAGGACGGCCUUCCUGCGCCUCCAGACUCGCCAGCGUACGCCUCGACGUCAGCCUACACGCCCGCAGCCCUUCGAACCGACCACUCUGCCAUCCCCGUUAACCUCUCCACCACACCCAUCAUCUCGCCUCCUCCCUCUCCUGAUGCCGAAAGAAAGGCGCACUUUCCUCCUCCAGGGAGCGAAAAGUAUGGCGGAUACGGCGGGCAGGGCUACGGUGCAUCGGCGGGCGAGGGGGACACUCUGCUCAGACGCAGCGGGUUCGACGACGAGGAGAGGAAGGGCAAGCGGGCGACUUCGCCACUCGACACGCUCGUCAAGCUCCUCCUGGGCAUGUUCGGCAUCCUCUUCUUCAUCGUCCUCCUCGUACGACUCUCCUUCAUCCCCCAGCACCACGCCGCGAAAGUUGCCUCAUUCAUGCCGUCGCCCGUACGGAGCUUCCUCGCGACAGUCGAAGGCCCUUCCGCGCCUCAUCCCAUCGUCCCCCUCCUCACCGAAGCCCGCGCCAAGUGGGACAAGAAGGUCUCGUCGCAAUCGCUCACCUUCGACCGCGCGACCCGAACCUACAAGGCCCGGUACGGCAUGUCGCCUCCUCCCGGCUUCGACAAAUGGUUCGCUUUCGCAACUCAAGGGCGGAACCACUCGCUCGUUGACGAGUACGACCAGCUCAUGGAGGACCUCCAGCCGUUCCGCUCGCUCACGCCUCAAGAGAUCCGUCGCCGAACCGCUGAACUCGCUCAAGUGCCCGGCAUCUCGAUCGUCUCGAUCCGCAGCGGCGUCGCGCAGGUGCACUCGAAGAGCGGGAAGUGGGCGCCCGCGCAUGCGUUCCAGCAGAUGAUUGGAGCGUUCGUGCGCGACUUGCCCGACAUGGACAUCGCCAUCAACGAGAAGCCUGAGGGGCGAGUCUUGCCGAGGAGGCAGAAGAAGGUGUACCAGUCAGACUACGGCCUCGAGGGAGACGAGCCGCCAAUCAACAUGACCGACCCAAUGAUCAAGCCCAUCAUCAAGAACUUCACGCCCGAGUGGAAGCGGGACGGUUCCGUCUGGGAGGCGUACCGCCGCUCGUGCCCGACCGACUCUGCCGCCCGCCGCUUGAUCGAGACGGUCAGGUCCGCCGAGUCAAACGGCGCGCUCGUCGUCCAGGGCCGCGCGACGUCGAAGCUCGAGGCGCCCCAGACUCGCCGCGUCAAGUCAAAGACGGUCCUCCCCUCGACUCGUGAGAUGACCUUCAGCCACGCGCUCGACGCCGACUUCAACGUCUGCGACUACCCCACUCUUCACACGCUCCACUCGGCGUUCUAUUCGGACCAGCGCAGCAUCGAAUACCUCUACCCCGUCUUCUCGCCUUCCAAGCCGGCUGGUUUCGCCGACAUCCUCAUUCCGUCCCACCACUACUGGUCGCCCUUGUCCGAGUUUACCUACGAAGCCGAGUUCCGCCGCGGCUUGACCAAGAGUCCAACCGACAUCGACUGGGCGCUCAAGAAGAACACGUCGUACUGGCGAGGCAAAGUCACUCGCGGAGCCGACACUCCGCCCGGUCAUGGCUCGUCGUUCCAGAAGCAGCGGCUCGUCAAGAUGGCUAACCAGGAGACGAUGGCGACAAAUCGCGUUCUCGUCGGCUUCGAGCCCAAGACGGCGUCCAUCACGGCGCUGUCUGUCCCGAUCGCUAUCGCCAACAAGGCCACGUCGGACGUCGCCAUGGCUUGCGACCCCUCACUCGGCGAGUGCUCGUACCUCCGCUCACUCGGUUACCGCGUCGAGCCGCCUGCGCCGAUGAGCGAGGCGUGGAAGCACAAGUUCGUGCUCGACAUCGACGAGAUUGGCUUCUCGCCGAGGUUCCCGGCCUUGAUGGAGAGCAAGAGCGCGGUUGUCAAGAGCAGUAUCCAGCGCGAGUUUUGGCGAGGAUGGGCGCAGCCUUGGAAACACUACAUCCCGCUCUCGUCGUCCUAUUCCGAGCUGCACAACAUCCAGACCUUUUUCGAAGGCUACCCUACCUCGCUCGUCGGCAAGCGGGGCAACCACUCCGCCAUUGCUCCGACCGUCCUCACACGCCCUUCGCCUCUCCCCGAGCUCCCCGACAACGGCGAUGGGACGCCGUUCGACACGGACAAGGCGCUGAAGGAGAUCGCAGAAGCUGGUGCGGCGUGGAAGCAGCGGCAUUUGCGGAAGGAGGACAUGGAAGCUUACGUAUUCCGUCUGUGCUUGGAGUACGCGCGUCUCGUCACGGCGAACGAGGAUUCGGAUGACGAAGCUUAA